UUUGACAGCAGGACUGUGAAUCCUUAGACGAAAUUUUCAUCCGAAAUUGAAAUCCAUUCCUCCCAAAAUUGUGUGGACAAUGAGUGAAUCCAGUGUUCGGCAGCGGAAGAAGACCGCAUCCGGUGAUGCAAAACCUCGGAAGGUGAAAAUCCCACAGAGUCUCCCAGGAGCCAACCAGCAUAAUCGAAUGUGGGCACGGGUGGUCAUGAUUGUUGGAAUUGCCGUGGUUGUAUACUUCACAACUUUUCGAACCAGAGAAAAGAAAUUUGCAACGCAACGAGAGACGCUGGAGCUGCGGACACAGAAGUUGGAUUGCUCUACUUUGUACUUUGAAGAAAUUGCCAAGUAUGCCGGGUGCAUUCCUGCCCACUGCGGUCGUUUCGUAAGUGACAAGAUUGUUGGACCAGCUGAAGUCGAUAUUUUAUUGAAUCUGGCAAAAUCCGGUUUUCGUUUCGGUCGCUCCUCGGGGGGAGCAUCAAUAUUGGACCUUCAUUCAGGUGCGCUUUCGAAAGAUACUCAAUUCAUCAACAUUUACAAAAUUCCGGAAGCAAAACAGAUAUUUUCCGCCGAGCACAUCAAUACGUACAAACACGUCAAGGACAAGGUACAACAGGCAGUUAGCGAGAAUUUCAAAAUCAAUAAGGAUUCAUUGUUUUUGACUCAUCCAACAUUUUUCUCGCGGCUUACCAACGAAACGGCCACAACGAUCCAUGACGAGUAUUGGCAUCCCCAUGUGGACAAGGAAACGUACAGUUCGUUCCACUAUACCACACUGCUGUAUCUAACCGAUUUCGGAAAGGACUUCACCGGAGGAAGAUUUGUCUUCAUCGAUAGUGCCGGUAAGCAUAACAAAACAAACGUAUACAUCGAACCGAAACGGGGCAGGAUCAGUGGGUUCACAUCCGGAGCCGAAAACCUCCACCAGGUGGAACAGGUCACGGCAGGAGUCCGCUAUGCGAUAACGAUUUCGUUCACGUGCAACAAAGAACAUGCCAUGGGUGAUCCGCAAUUUUCCCUUCAGGAAGAUGAUGGACCCGAGAUGAUUUGAAUACGCUGAUUUUCUUCUAUUCACAUUACAGUUUAUAUUGUAUGAUUCGUAUUGAAAUCAGUACUUUUCAGGGACACUUUAUUUCAUUUUUAAAUGUUAUUUAAUUUUUAAAUUGCCUAUGCCACUGCAAUCGUUAUGUUUCAAAUGGUUUAAAUAUUUUUUUGCAAUUUUGAAGGGGUAAUAUCCAGUCAUAUCUAUUAUCAAAAUAUUAUUAUUUAGCAGUAUUGACAAUGCUUUGAAAAAUACUUAUGUCAAAUUGAAUCAGUUGAAUUUUAAACCAUAUCUUAAGGAGCCACACCAAUAGACAAAUCUAUAGUCAGUAUAAUAACAUUUUGAAAAGCUGAAGUUUUCAACCUCAAUACGGAAAUUUGAGCUGAAAGAACAAAAUGCACCGUUUAUGUAUAAUUUGAUAGUAUUCGUUACCAGUUGUAACAUUCCUUUAAUUUUAUCAGUAUCAGUUUUAGCAGUUAUCAGUAAUAACUGCAUUCGUUUUAACUAAUGCACCUGGUAAAAGAAGUCAUCCAGAAGACCAGUCAAUAUUCAUAAGUUUAUGAUUCGCACUUAACAAAAGAUUUUGUAAUAGUACCGUACUUUCGACCAGUUGAAUUGUUUAAUUUCAGUCGGGAAUUUAUUACCUAUAUGUAAUUCAAAGAUUAAACGGUUUGCUGAAUGAAA